AUGACUUCGUUUCUACCAGAUGUUGCAGAACCAAAACAUGUUGAGGUAUAUGCUGCCCUUGCUGAUGGAAUUAUUCAUGAAACACCAAUUGCUUUAAUUAAGGAGGUUGUUGGAAAUGAUUUGACUGAGGAAGAGAUUGCCGACUACAUCAGAACCUUCAGCAGGCCAUCGCAAGUACCUGGCUUUAAGGAAAGGAUCUUAUCUACCAUUAAUAGGGGCACUACGGACUCUACACGCAUGUUUAUCGUAUUAAUGCUGAUGUUGGAUUCAAAAAUUUUUGCUCCAAUAUUGACCAACUCGUUGACGUUAGUCAAGGACAUGGCAGUAAAAGAGCGUGAACAGUUGUUAGCAAACUGGCGUGAUUCCCCCAUACCCACAAAAAGGCAGUUGUUUAGAACAAUUCUGUCAUCAACAUUAAAUGUAAUGGUCAUACUAGGGAACGAGUUGCAUUACAAAGCUAUACACUACCCAGGAAGGGAAUUGAAAGAAAAAGCCUACCAUGGUUUCGAGGUGGACCCAUUUAGGUAUGAUAUGUUGGCCAAACCGGAAUUCGAUGAUGUUGAGUUGUAUUUACCUGAUAUCGAUGUUGCUAUAAUUGGAUCUGGUGCUGGUGCCGGAGUAGUUGCACACACAUUAGCCAAUGAUGGAUACAAAAGCUUGGUAUUGGAAAAAGGAAAGUACUACUCCCCUUCAGAAUUCAAUUUCAAUGAUAUGGAAGGCGUGGACUCUCUCUAUCAUAAUAAAGGAGCAUUGUCUUCCAAAAAUCUGCAGGUUAUCAUAUUAGCAGGAUCAAACUUCGGAGGUGGUACAACUGUUAACUGGUUAGCUUGCUUUAAAACGCCCUUUAAAGUGCGGAAAGAGUGGUAUGAAGAAUACGGAUUGGACUUUGUGGCCACCGACUCGUAUGACAAGUGCCAAGAUUACGUUUGGAAACAAAUUGGUGCAACCACAGAAGGGAUCAAGCAUUCUUUAUCCAACCAGAUCCUUUUGGAUGGUGCUACAAGAUUGGGCUACGAAUGCAAGGAAGUUAACCAAAAUACAGGUGGUCACCCAUCGCAUUCUUGUGGAUUUUGCUACUUGGGUUGCAAAUAUGGUAUCAAGCAGGGAUCUUCUGUUAACUGGUUUCGAGCAGCUGCUGCCACUGGAUCCAAAUUUAUGGAUCAAGUCAGGGUAAUCAAAAUUUUGAAUGAAAAUGGGACCGCAACAGGUGUAUUAUGUCAAGAUGAGGUUUCUGGAAGAAAAUUCAAGAUCACGGGACCAAAGAAAUUUGUUGUGUCUGGAGGCUCGCUAAACACACCACUGGUUUUGCGGAAUUCGGGCUUCAAGAACAAGCAUAUUGGUCAAAACUUGAAAUUACACCCGGCCUCUGCGGUUUAUGGUGACUUUGGUCCAGAUGUCCAAGCUAAUCAUUUCGAAAACUCAAUCAUGACUGCUGUGUGCACCCAGGUUGAUGAUUUAGAUGGCAAGGCUCAUGGUGCUAAGAUUGAAACUCUCUUGGGCACACCAUUCCUUUAUUCUUCCCUUUUACCCUGGAGAAGUAGUGACCAAAUAAGACAGGAAAUGUUGCGCUGUAAUCAUAUGUGCACCAUGCUAUUGCUUGCAAGAGAUACUUCCACGGGUUCUGUUUUGGCUGAUCUAAAUAGACCCGAUGCACUCUACAUUGACUAUAGUGUCAAUAAAUUUGACAGAAACUCGCUUUUGCAAGCCCUUCUCCUAGCUGCCGAUAUUUUGUACAUUGAAGGAGCAGAGAGAGUAUUGAGUCCACAGCCAUGGGUUCCGAUUUUUGAAUCAAAGUUACCAAAGAACAAGAGGUCCAUUACUGAUAGAGAUUAUGUCGAGUGGAGAGAAGCGGUGGCUAAGAUACCUCUUGACGACUUCGGUAUGCCUUAUGGCACAGCUCAUCAGAUGUCAACAUGUAGAAUGUCGGGUAAGGGACCAAAGUACGGUGCUUGCGAUACCGAGGGCAAGUUGUUUGAGGCUUCCAACAUUUAUAUUGCAGAUGCUAGCUGUAUGCCAACAGCGUGUGGAGUAAAUCCAAUGGUUACUACAUUGACUCUAGCUAGACACGUUGGCCUUGGGUUAUGUAAUGAUUUAAAGGCAAAGGUUAAAUUGUAG